UGGCGCGGCCGCGGAGGGGCCUGGAGCACAGCAGCAGGUCCAGGAGUGGGAGCGGCGGCGGUGGCUGGAGGUGGUGGCGGCGCGCUGGAGGCGGCCAUGGCAAAGCAGUACGACUCAGUGGAGUGCCCCUUUUGUGAUGAGGUGUCCAAAUAUGAGAAGCUCGCCAAAAUCGGCCAAGGCACCUUUGGGGAGGUGUUUAAGGCCAAGCAUCGCAAGACCGGCCAGAAGGUGGCCCUGAAGAAGGUGCUGAUGGAGAACGAGAAGGAGGGGUUUCCCAUCACAGCCCUACGGGAAAUCAAGAUUCUCCAACUUCUGAAACAUGAGAAUGUGGUCAACUUGAUUGAGAUCUGUCGAACCAAAGCAUCUCCCUAUAACCGUUGCAAGGGCAGUAUAUACCUUGUGUUUGACUUCUGCGAGCAUGACCUUGCUGGGCUGCUGAGUAAUGUCUUAGUCAAGUUCACACUGUCUGAGAUCAAGAAGGUCAUGCAGAUGCUGCUCAAUGGCCUGUACUACAUCCACAGAAACAAGAUCCUGCACAGGGACAUGAAAGCAGCUAAUGUGCUCAUCACCCGUGAUGGGGUCCUGAAGCUGGCAGAUUUUGGGCUGGCCCGGGCCUUCAGCCUGGCCAAGAACAGCCAGCCCAACCGCUACACCAACCGUGUGGUGACGCUCUGGUACCGGCCCCCGGAGCUGUUGCUCGGGGAGCGGGACUACGGCCCCCCCAUUGACCUGUGGGGCGCUGGGUGCAUCAUGGCAGAGAUGUGGACCCGCAGCCCUAUCAUGCAGGGCAACACCGAGCAGCACCAGCUUGCCCUCAUCAGCCAGCUCUGUGGCUCCAUCACCCCUGAGGUGUGGCCAAAUGUGGACAAGUACGAGCUAUUUGAGAAGCUGGACCUGCCCAAGGGCCAGAAGCGGAAGGUGAAGGACAGGCUUAAGGCCUACGUGCGCGACCCUUACGCACUGGACCUCAUUGACAAGUUGCUGGUGCUGGAUCCCGCACAGCGCAUCGACAGCGAUGAUGCCCUCAACCACGACUUCUUCUGGUCCGACCCCAUGCCCUCAGACCUCAAAGGCAUGCUGUCCACACACCUGACGUCCAUGUUCGAGUACCUGGCGCCACCACGCCGAAAGGGCAGCCAGAUAACCCAGCAGUCCACCAACCAGAGCCGCAAUCCUGCCACUACCAACCAGACGGAGUUCGAGCGCGUCUUCUGAGGGCCAGCUGCAGCUGGUUUCCAUUAGGGCUGUUUUAUUUUGCCUUCUGCUAUAUGACUUGCAUUGUGGAGAUGACGGGGCGUCUGAGGUUUUGGUCCACAUUUUAAUUUCUACUCCGGGCACAACCAGCUGAGUAGACAGGUGGAGGUUGGCUGAGGGUACUGGGGCUGCCUCACCCCUUCUCUGAUUUUCUGCAUGGCACACAGAGGGUCUCCGUUUCCCUUAGGACGGGACAGGACAAAGGACGGGAGGAAAGACUCACCCCCCCGCCAGUGACUUUCUAAGAGUUCCUAGCAUGAUGGGAGGAGAGGAUAAGUCCUUCACCCAUCCUGACCCUCCUCGUGGGAUGAGAAACUAGUACAGGGAACAGAGUCAGCCUCAGGAAUGGGCUGCUCUUGGCCUGACGCUCAGAAACACUGGGGCUGGUGAAAACUUUUGGUUUCUUCAGUAGAAGAAUUUUAUCGUGUUUCUUUUGUUCAGUUGUUUGGAGACGUUCCUAGACACAGAUUGGUCAGUUACAAUUAAAAGUUGACUUUUUUCUUUUUUCCAGA